AUGGCGAAAGCCGCGAACAGCAAAUGGAUGGUGAUAGCGCGUCAGAUCAGGACUGGGGGCGGCCUGUUGCCCCAGCGCUACGAACUCGUCUCGACCAACGCGAACCAACAGCCAAAUAGAACCUGUGAUACAGAUGCCAGCGACCACGCGAUAGGCUCCAACCAGAUUCAGAUAGAUGUCAACGGAGCCUUGGACCAGCAAGGAGCGUGCACGUCGGGCCGACAGCACGACGAGACCAACUCGCUGUAUGGAACACCCAAGGAAGAGUUGGCACCCGGUUCGUCGGAGGUCAAGGCUUCGUUCAUGCGGAAUCAACUGGAGGCGUUGUUUCAACCAUCGGACAACAAGCUUGCUAUGAAACUAUUCGGCUCCAAAAAGGCGCUGAUGAACGAACGCCAACGCCAAAAGGCGGCCGGACACUGGGUGAUCCAUCCCUGUUCAAACUUUAGAUUCUACUGGGACUUGUGCAUGUUGACGUUACUCGUGGCGAAUCUCAUAGUGCUUCCCGUGGCCAUCUCGUUCUUUAACGACGAUCUAUCUGCGCGGUGGAUAGCGUUCAACUGCUUAUCGGACACAAUCUUCCUCUUAGAUAUCGUUGUUAACUUCCGCACGGGCAUAAUGAACCAAGAUAACUCAGAACAGGUGAUUCUUGAACCGAAAGAAAUCGCGCACCACUACAUCCGGUCGUGGUUCUUUCUUGAUCUGGUAUCAUCGAUACCUCUCGACUACAUCUUCCUGAUUUUCAUCCAAGACUACCAGGAUGUGAACACGUAUCUUCAAGCGGGACGUGCGUUGAGAAUUCUCCGUUUCGCGAAAAUGCUGAGUCUUUUACGACUCCUACGCCUGUCCAGAUUGGUCCGAUAUGUCAACCAGUGGGAAGAGGUAUACUUCCUGAAUAUGGCAUCAGUUUUCAUGAAGAUCAUCAACCUCAUCUGUAUGAUGCUUCUGAUCGGCCACUGGAGCGGCUGUUUACAAUUCCUCGUACCCAUGCUGCAAGGGUUCCCUAAUAACUCUUGGGUCGCUAUCAAUGACCUCACAAAGAAGGAUUGGUUCGAGCAGUACUCGUGGGCCCUUUUCAAGGCCAUGUCGCAUAUGCUGUGUAUAGGGUACGGACGCUUUCCGCCCCAAUCUGUGACCGACAUGUGGCUCACCUUGCUCUCAAUGAUUUCUGGCGCCACUUGCUACGCUCUGUUUCUCGGUCAUACGACGAACCUCAUCCAGUCGCUUGACUCCUCUAGGCGACAUUAUAGAGAGAAACUGAAACAGGUUGAAGAAUACAUGGCUUAUAGAAAACUUCCAAGGGACCUUCGUCAACGAAUAGCGGAUUAUUUCGAGCACCGAUAUCAGGGCAAAUUUUUCAAUGAAGACGAUAUUCUCAACGAACUCUCCGAGCGACUGCACGAGGAUGUAGUAAACUAUAAUUGUCGCUCUCUGGUCGCGUCUGUGCCGUUUUUCGCGAAUGCUGAUCCCGACUUCGUCUCUGACGUGGUGACGAAACUCAAGUAUGAAGUGUACCAACCCGGAGACCUUAUCAUCAAAGAGGGAACUAUCGGUACAAAGAUGUACUUUAUCCAGGAGGGCAUCGUGGAUAUCGUAACGGCGAGCGGUGAAGUGGCGACCAGCUUAAGUGACGGUUCAUACUUUGGCGAAAUCUGUCUCUUGACCAACGCGCGAAGAGUGGCCUCCGUUCGGGCGGAGACUUAUUGCAAUUUGUUCUCUUUGUCUGUGGAACAUUUCAACACGGUGCUGGACCAAUACCCGCUUGUAAGGCGGACUAUGGAGUCCAUCGCUGCCGAACGCCUAAAUAAAAUUGGCAUCGACCCCAGUAUCGUCGUCAGUCAACACUCCGACGGAGAUUUGCUCAAGGUCGACAUGAGUACCGUGGAGGUGCUACUAUCGCAUGAUAAUGCGGUCAUCAACAAGGAGGACUUCGAUGAUGAUAGGCCCGAAGGCUUCCUCAAGACGGGCAGCCGCUACGGCGGAUUACCCCGGCCGCGUUCGGAAUGCUGCUUCCCUCGGAUGGAGAUAUUAGCUCCGUCUCCCGAUCCCGGGAAACCGGGAAUUUUGAGUCCAUCGCAGACAAUGACAUCUCUCCACCGAGCAUCCAUAGUGUCGAGCAUGGCACCCUUCAACUCGCCCUGUCCACCUGUGUCCCCGACAGGGCUUACCUUAUCCGUAACGCCUGCCACUCCGGCUACGCAAACGGCUCCGUCGACAAUCGGAGCAGCUUCAAGCAGUGUACAUCCGAGGAGCAAAAGCCAAGGCUCGGCGGUUCCGGCAGCGCCGGGGUCUCAUCUUGGGCCGAUUCCGAGUCCCGAAAAGAAGCCAACGUCUACAGUCAUUACGAAGGAGAAGAAAGAUACUUCGAAAUCGAGCAAGGCAGCCGAAAAAGCCACUCCUUGUACUCCCGCAGUGGUUGUCGUAUCAGACCCGACGGCGACCAAUGCUGCGAGAGACAACAAGAAAGAGCAGCCGAACUCAAGCAAAGCAACAAUCAGAGGUGCCCAAGCUAAGGGUUCGACAGAAAGCAGUGAUCCGAAGACGACUGCCGCCGUUUCGAAGUCUAAAGACGGAUCCUCGGCUGGCGGUAGAAAAAAGUGA